CCGGCCCCUCGAGCCUCCUUCCCGACCACCAGCACCAUCAAGUGCCAGAAAGCCGGCAGCGAUGCGCGACGCUCCGCCCUCGCCGCCCGCCACGAAGGCGCCGGAUGCGCACGAGCAGGCCUCCUUCCGCCUGCUGGCGCAGCAGCGCCUCGCGCAUGGCAAGCGUCUCAAGCUAGGCCGCCUGACUUUCUUCCGCGACGCACUCCGCUUCCGCGGCUCCGUGCUGCUGCGCAUUCUGCCGACGCUCUUCGCCAUCACGCUCUGGGCCUUCGCGAUUGCGGUGGGCAACUUGCACUUUGGCAAGCAUUGGCACACUAGCAAUGCCGUCAUCGGCCCGUUGAGCGUUGUCUUUGGACUGCUCAUCGUGUUUCGCAAUGGCACCUCCUACGACCGCUGGUUCGAAGGUGCCAAAGACUGGCAAAACACGUUGUCCGACGUGCGUUCGCUGGCGCGCUUCAUGUGGUACAACAUCGACCUGGCCGUGCUUUCUCCCCCCGACUCGCUGUCCGAGGAGGAGCGCGAGCAGUGGAGAGAAGAGAGACAGGAGAGGAAGAAGGAAGCUGUGAGAUUGCUGAGUCUCUUUCUGUACGCGACAAAGCAUCAUCUUCGCCAAGAACGCUCCCUCUCGCACGGCGACUAUCUCGGCCUCCUCUCCCCUUCUCUCCGCAAGGCCUACGAGCACACUCUCGCACUCGGACUUCUUCCACCCCUCUCUCCGCCCCCUUCCGCCGCUGGCGCUUUCGGCAUAGCCGUGCAAGCACAAGUCGAUGAGUCUGCGCCUCUGCUCGCUUCACCUUCUGCAGCGGAGGAAACAGCGCAAGACGAAGCAGCGAGAGCAGAGGCAGAGAAGGUCCUGGAAGCUGCGCAAGCUAUCUCGUUGCCAGUCUUCGUGCUCUCUCGCCUUGCGAGGUACCUCGCUGCUGCGCGCGCGGCAGGAUGCCUGAAGGACGCGGGACAGCCCAGCUUCGCUAUGGUCAACCAGUUGCUCGCCUCGCUCACAACCAAUCUCGGCAACGAAGAGCGAGUCGCCACGAUGACGAUUCCAGUCGUGUACGGCGUGCACCUGAAGCAAGCCACACUGCUCUACCUGCUCUCGCUGCCUUUCGUGCUCGUCAAUGAACUGUCUUGGCGUAUGGUGCCCUUCGUCUCGCUCGUCUCUUUCACGCUUAUCGGACUCGAGGGCAUCGCAUCUGAGAUUGAGCAACCGUUCGGCUAUGAUCCGUCCGAUCACAACCUCGACUACCACUGCGCUGCCGUGCGACACGAGCUUGAGUGCAUGAUGCGGGCCAUGCCUCCUUCGCUCGAAGGCGUGCUCUGAACCGUGCCGGACGGCGCUCGGCAUGACAUGGUGCAGCAGCAGCAGCAGCAGCAGUAGCCGCAUCGCUCUCCCUUUGCGCCUACGCCAGGCGCUCGGACUAGACGUCAGAUCAUUCCCUCCAUGCCGUCCCUUUCAUAUUCCUCCCUCUGGACGGCCCCCUUUACGCCCCCCUUGACGAGACAGCGCAGGACGCUUUAUCUCUAUGUCGCUCCUGAAUGACACGAUGUGAUGACC